CUCUUUCAGUAUGCUGAGGGGCAGACGUAGGAAGCAGUGGCUGUCGAGCCAGUGAGGAGAAAGGGAACACUGAAGACAAAGAGAAAGACUUUACCGAACGAACAACGAGGGCACUGCAACGAACGAACAACGAAGGCAGUGCAAAGUCUGACUUGAUCGUCGUCUCUAGGAUGAUGGCUGGAUGAUGACAGGAGGCAGCCCGAGGGAAGGUGACGGCGGCAUGAAGUCCCACUUCGCGUGUGUGCCGCUGACGACGGCGUGUCGGGAGGGGCUGAAGGCGGUGCAGCAAACGCUCGCCGACGACGCCAAGAAACUCAACCUCCGGCCCAGCGGGCUCGACGACAUCAACUUCACCUUAAGCGUCUUCAGGCUCAGUGACGAGAGAAGAGCGAAGCACGAAUCUGAAGAGCAGCUCGUCGAAUCCGUCAAUGAGGUUCUCAAGGACUUCUUAAGCAAGAGGCCACGCAUUGAGCUGACUUUCGAGGGUCUUGGCUCAUUCGGCUCCCAGAUUUUCUUCAUCAACGUCACCAACCACGAGGAAGUUGCGGCCCUGCGGCAGGACAUGAACACGGUGCUGAAGCAGGAGGGCCUCGUCCUCGCCGACAACAGGUUCACCCCUCACGUGACCCUCUACCGGAAGCGGGACAACAAGCGCGGCGCGGGUUAUAGCGGCGGAGGUGGCGUGACCGUCAGCGACAUGGUGCAGCGGCAAGGCUUGCCGCAUGUCGAAGCCUCGCCCGUAGAGCAGAUCAUUCUUAAAAGACUUUUGGGUUGUUAAAGGUCUCUCACACACUGCUCGGCUUUCCCCUAGUGGUUGACAUGCAAGGCGAUCUCCUGAAGCCGCCACGGGAAAUGAUUAAGACCUCGUUAGCUUCCACCUUCUCGACCCCGCUCCUUCCGUUCCCCUCAACGCAUCGCUCCCCUGUGUACUAAGGCUCCCCUGUGUGCUAAGGCUCCCCUGUGUGCUAAGGCCCCCCUGUGUGCUAAGGCCUCCCUGUGUGCUAAGGCCUCCCUGUGUGCUAAGGCCCCCAGUGUGGCAAGCCAAGUGACCCGGAGAGGAUAACAACAAUCGUAUUAUCUAUCGUUUGGGACUCCUGUUACGAAUGUUUUUCAGGGGCACAGAAGAACUACGUCGGGUUGUCGGGAGUGUUUUUUCCCGUUCACGGCGCAGAAGCCUUCCAAAAACUAUCGUCAGGCUCAGGAAACCACCAACUGAAACCCGACAACUUCUAGGAGAGCCUUUUGAAACAGGUGGACUAAAAGUUAAUAAGAGUUUAAUAAUAGUCACCCUCAUAAAAUAAUCGCCUAAGUCAUUUUUCAGUGAUUUUCAGGUUUUUGUCUACAUCAAUUUUUAUACAUGUAACGCCCAUUUUUGUAUAGCUGCCUUCGUCAUUCAGGGUUUGAGUGUUCUAGGAUUGGCCUUUUCAUUUCUGCCAAAAUCUUAAGCCAAAUGAGAUAAUGACAGUUCUUUUCUGAUUUCCUGAGAUGUAGAACAUAAUGACUUAGGCGGUUUGUUUACGAAGAUGACGAUAUAUAAUAGGAACAUAGCGACGCCCUUCCACGCGGACGCUGACCCACUGGACGACCCACGGGUAGGCCUGGGGGUUGGAACUUCCCUGGAGGCUACGAGAUGUUGCCUUGUUUGACCACGCCGACACGCCCCUCCCUCACCACCCCAGCCGCUAGAUGACACAGGCGGACUAGCCACCCCUACCUCACCUCAAUUUUUUUUUUUUUUUUUUUUUUUUUUUAGUGUUGUACUUGUUUGUAAUAAGAAUAUUUUUAAGGAACGACUGCCAGGA